CGUUCCCUCUUCUCUCCUACUGAUAUUUUUGUUUUUGUCUUAGAAUCUUCCUUUUUUCACCAAAAGUAUUAUCAAUUUACCGGUCUCAGUUACACCUACACUUAACGCCGCUGAGUAAUCAAUAAGGAAAGAUAGAUAGAAUAAGAAGAAGAAGAAGCUCGUUGGCUUCCAUUUUCAGAUUUUCUUGUGAAAUUGUUUCUAGAGAGAAAAGAGUGGCUUUAAUCUUAGGAAAUGGGUAAUUGUUUGAAUUCAUCAGCUAAAGUGGAUAGUAAUCCUCAUGCUAAUUCUGGUUCAUCGGGUUCUAGCAAGACAAGCCGUUCCACAGCUCCAUCAAGCUUAAGCAUCAACUCUUACAGUAGUUUAGAAGAGUCUUUGCCUACACCAAGAACUGAAGGAGAAAUCUUGUCAUCACCUAAUCUUAAAGCUUUCACCUUUAACGACCUCAAGAGCGCUACUAGGAAUUUCCGACCUGAUAGUCUACUUGGUGAAGGAGGUUUUGGUUAUGUAUUUAAAGGUUGGCUUGAUCGAACAACUCUUACUGCUUCCAAACCUGGUUCUGGUAUGGUUGUCGCUGUUAAGAAGCUUAAGACUGAAGGUUUUCAAGGUCAUAAGGAGUGGUUGACUGAAGUGAACUAUCUUGGUCAGCUUAGUCAUCCAAAUCUUGUCAAACUAGUUGGGUAUUGUGUAGAAGGUGAAGACCGGUUGUUGGUGUAUGAGUUCAUGCCAAAAGGAAGCUUGGAGAAUCAUCUUUUUAGACGUGGGGCGCAGCCACUAACAUGGGCUAUAAGGAUGAAAGUUGCUACAGGUGCAGCUAAGGGGCUUACUUUUCUCCAUGACGCUAAAUCUCAAGUGAUAUACAGAGAUUUUAAAGCUGCCAACAUUCUUCUUGACGCUGAAUUCAAUGCUAAACUUUCAGACUUUGGUCUAGCUAAAGCUGGUCCUACAGGUGACAGGACACAUGUGUCCACACAAGUCGUGGGUACUCACGGAUACGCAGCCCCUGAAUAUGUAGCCACAGGACGGUUAACUGCUAAGAGUGAUGUCUAUAGUUUUGGUGUGGUACUACUUGAGUUACUCUCAGGACGAAGAGCCGUGGACAAAUCUAAAGUAGGAGUGGAGCAGAGUCUAGUAGAUUGGGCAAAACCGUAUCUUGGCGACAGGAGAAAGCUCUUCCGGAUAAUGGACACGAGAUUAGGAGGUCAGUAUCCUCAAAAAGGAGCAUACGUAGCUGCUAGUCUUGCCUUGCAAUGCUUAAACCCUGACGCAAAACUCAGACCUAAAAUGUCAGAAGUUUUGGCCAAGUUGGAUCAGCUUGAAUCAACAACUACUAAACCUGGAACUGGAACAAGACAAGGUCUGGUUGAUUCUCCAAGAGGUAGUAAUGGAACUGGAACAAGACAAGGUCAGAUUGAUUCUCCUAGAGGUAGUACUGGAACUGGAACCAGGCAAGGUCAGAUUGUUUCCCCAAGAGGUAGUAAUGGAACUGGAGCAAGACAAGGUCUGAUUGAUUCUCCAAGAGGUAGUAACGGAUCUGUUGUACAGAAAUCUCCGAGGAGAUAUAGUUAUGAUCGGUCUCUCUUGCACAUCACUCCUGUUGCUUCUCCUUUGCCUUCUCAACUUCAAUCUCCUCGUGUAAGAUAGAAUCACUAUUUUAUGUUGUAAUGUAUGUUACUGUGUUUAAACUAAUGUAUCUGUUCACACUACAACGGUUUGGUGUUCUUUUUUGGCAUAAGCAACUUUAAAUAGGUUUCUGUUGUAAAGUAUGCUUCUCAGUGUAAAUUAAUGCAUCUGUUCACAGCAUGGAUGUGGUUGUAAUUAGGUGUGCAUUCUGAGACUUCUGUUUUGAACUUUUAAUCUUUUAAAUUAUGAUUAGAA